AUGAACAUCAUUUUUAAGACGCUUGUUAUUUGUGAAGUGUUUAGGUGCUUGCGAAAUACAAUGGCAGCGCAGCUGUCACGUUCGAACACCCGCGACCAAGAAAUUGCGCAGACAGUUUUUGAGGAGGUUUCAAAUGAUCAACAAGAAGAGCCGACAGCGUUCAUUCUCAUUGAAAAACUCGAGCAAUCCGGUAUCAGCUCAGGGGAUAUCAAACGCCUCAAAGAAGCUGGAUUUAAUACCGUUGAACGAAUUGCACAUGCUAUGCGAAGCGAGAUUACGUCUGUGAAAGGCAUCAGUGAACAAAAAGCUGAUAAGCUUCUAGUAAGUGAUUUCAUAUUUCUGAUGUAUAUUUUUUCACAAUUACUG